CUUCAUACAUCGAUCGUCAUCCUAGCUUCGCCCAAAACAUAUUUAAACAACCUUAUAAUACUCUUUUGUUCUGGUUUGUUUUUUUUGUUCUUGAUGUCUCUUUUAAGAAGAUAGGUUAUGGAGAUUAGGGACACAAUACUUUAAUAUGUUUACACCGUUGACAAAGAUAAUGGCACUCACGUAAUAAGCCGCAUGCCUCCAUUUCAUACAAAACAUGUAUUCUCCCAGAUGAGUGGCACUCACGUCUAAUACAGUUUGUCAACGCCCCACAAAAUGUCGGUUUAAAGCCAAAUUAAUCCCUCAAAAAUAUAAUAAAAACACCAGUCUCUAUAUUUUUCUGUAUAUAUACGUAUAUUUCUAUCCCCUGAAUCACAAGAAACAGAGGAGGACAAGUAACCUAUUCCAAGAAACAAAGUAACAUGGACUCACUAGCCUUGCCCUUCUCCGUUCUCGUCAUCCUCAUCGCAGCCACGACUUUAGCCAACGGCUACUCUCCUCCUCCCCCUCCUCCUCCAACCACCGUAUACCCCGCCGCGAAAACCGUGGAAGCGGCGGUGGAAGGAAUGGUGUACUGUCAAUCCUGCGACAAAUACGGAUCAUGGUCCUUGGCCGGAGCCGAAGCCAUAGCCGGAGCUAAGAUCAGCGUCAUCUGCAAGAACCACAGGCAACAAGUGAGCUUCUACAAAGUCUUCCAAACCGACUCCUACGGCCAUUUCUACGGCGAGCUCAAAGGUCUUAAAAUGACUCCGCACUUCUUGGACCAUCCUCUCCACGCUUGCCGCGCCAAGCUCGUCUCUUCUCCUCGCGAGGACUGCAAUCUCUUCUCCAACAUUAACAACGCUCUCGACGGUGCGACGCUCCGGUACGAAGAGAAGAGGCUCAAGUGGACAAACUACGAGGCUGUGGUUUACGCCGCUGGUCCGUUGGCUUUCCGUCCUGACCAUUGUCCCGAGAGUACUGCUCCACCACCUACUUACUGAUGCUUCUUUUGGUGUUUGAAAGAUCAUCAUUUAUACUAUUUUAUAUAACGUUAUCGAGUUGGUUCUUCCCUUUUUCAUGGUUUGUCAAUUGUUUGUAAGAUGAGUUACGUGUUGAGUAAUAUUGCGAUGGGAAUCUUGUGAGACUCGUUUGUAUCGA